CCAACCCGAUCCGGUGCGUCGCCGUCUUAUCCUGCUCCAGCGGCACCGACGAGCCGACAGCCACCCUCGUUGCCAUUAUUUUAAGCAUUAUGAUCCUUCCAGUCCUUUUCUAGUUACUGGCCUUUGUGUGCGCUGUGGGCUGGCGGUGGAGGAGAGGUCAGAGGAGUUCGGUCGCUGAAAGCGACUCCCAGGCUGCAUCCCAUCGCAUAGCUUAGAAAAGUAGACCGCAACCAAUCCCCUUCGACGAUUGAACCCCCUUUUCUCUGCCUCCUGAGUUUUUUCCUAAUUAAGGUGAGUUCUUGUGAGUUUUGGUCCUUUGUGUGGCCUGUUUUCGCGGUCGAUUGCUGGAAAUUCGAGUUCGCUUGAGUCGUAACGCUUUUCUUUGUGAUCUUGGGUUAGGAGAGGAAAUGGCUGGAGGAACGCAGCCGAGCUUGAGGAAGUACUUGGGAGCCAUCAAAGAUACGACCACGGUCAGCUUGGCUAAAGUGAACAGUGAUUACAAGGAAUUGGAUAUUGCCAUAGUGAGGGCCACGAACCAUGUAGAGCGUCCUUCGAAAGAGAAGCACAUACGAGCAAUAUUUUAUGCUAUUUCAGCUUCCAGACCCCGGGCAGACGUAGCUUAUUGCAUUCAUGCUCUUGCAAGGCGUCUUGCCAAGACACACAAUUGGGCGGUGGCAUUGAAAACCUUGGUUGUCAUCCAUCGCGCAUUGAGGGAAGUGGACCCCACAUUCCGUGAAGAGCUUAUCAAUUAUGGGAGAAGUAGAAGUCAUAUGUUGAAUUUAUCCUACUUUAAAGAUGAUUCCAGUGCAUAUGCUUGGGAUUAUUCUGCAUGGGUGCGUACUUAUGCUCUAUAUUUAGAGGACAGGCUAGAGUGUUUCCGUGUUCUCAAGUAUGAUGUGGAAUCAGAUCCUCCGAGAACCAAGGAUCUAGAGACUUCUGAGUUGCUUGAGCAAUUGCCAUCACUACAACAACUAUUACAUCGCCUACUUGGUUGUCAGCCACAAGGAGCGGCCUGCCAUAAUAUUAUAAUUCAUCUUGCACUAUCUAUGGUGGCUUCAGAGAGUAUUAAGAUUUAUAAUUCUAUUAGUGAUGGAAUAGUAAAUCUGGUUGACAAGUUUUUUGAGAUGCAACGGCCUGAUGCACUUCGGGCACUUGAUAUAUACAGAAGAGCAGGUCAGCAGGCGGAAAGAUUGUCAGAAUUUUAUGAAGUAUGCAAAAGCAUGGAUGCCCGUCGGGGAGAGAAGUUCAUAAAAAUUGAACAGCCUCCUUCAUCAUUUCUAACAGCCAUGGAAGACUAUGUUAGAGAUGCUCCACGAGCUUCAACUGUUCGCAAGGAUCAGGCAAAAGAUGAAAACGAUAUUCCAAACGUGGUAUUAGCAAUCGAGUACAAAAAGACUCCUGAAGCAGAAGAAGCACCUCCCGUGCCCCCUCCGCCACCAGAAACAGUUAAAGAAGUGGAAGUUCCUGUUCGUGUGAAGUCCCAAGAGACAGAUUUACUGGGAUUAAGUGAUGCUGCUCCAGAGGUGUCGGACCUAGAUAGCAAGAAUGCCAUGGCACUUGCCAUUGUCCCAGUUGAUAAUGCUUCUAGCUCUACCCCCUCUAGGAGCCUGUUACCAGAGAAUGGGACUACUGGUUGGGAAUUGGCACUUGUUACAGCUCCGAGCUCUAACGAGACUGCUAUGGCUUCUAGCAAAUUGGCUGGAGGGUUGGACAAGCUCACACUGGACAGCUUAUACGAAGAUGCAGAGAGAAGAGUGAGCCAAAAUGUGAGCUACAAUCCAUGGGAGACAGGCCCAAUGGCGCACCCGAUGCUGCAACCAGUGGCUCACGACCCAUUCUAUGCCUCAAAUGCCGUGGCCGCACCUAAUUUUGUGCAGAUGGCAGCCAUGGCACAACAACAACAGGCUUUCAUUCUGCAGCAGCAAAUGAUGAUGAUGGGAGUGCAGCAGCCUCAGCAUUCGCCCGCCAUCAACCCUUUCGCUAAUCCAUAUGGAGAUGUUCCAUAUGCUGCUCCGGUAGUGCCUGUUCAAGCUUCCAACGCAUACCACGGCCUCAUUUAAAUGAGAUUGAUGCUUCUUUUUCCUGUUCUAUAAUUCGAUCAUCGUCGUAGGGCCACUGUUAGUGUCGGGAUGCAAUUUUAAGGGAAAUAUUGGACAGUAAUAAGUCUUGAUUUAUUUGUAGUGGUGGUGGGAUCGUGAGAUAGAUAUGUGUUAUAUAUGUGUACAUUCAUCUGGCAGCAGUUUGUGAGGAAGAACUUGAAGAAUUUGUUAUUCGUUCAAAACAGAUUGUAAUAACAACAUUGUUACGUUCGUUUGUUGAUU